UUUUCCAGGGACGGUGUUCAUGUGGCCCGGUUCCCGGUGACGGUCUCUGUCUGGAGGUGUCCCACUAUGGCAAAGGCCCGGGAAGCGCCCAGGCGCGUAACUAAAACUGAAACUACACUCAAAGCUUCGCCAGCGGACUCCCGCCUACUUACCGACUCAACGCCGUCAGCUAAUCAGACAGCAGCGUGACGCGACGCGACGCGUGUAAUAUUCAUGAGCGCGCCUUCGCCGUAGUAGCGCAGGUGCAGCGCCGCGUUUCUCCAGCGCGUCUGACCGCAGCGGAGAGCUUCUGUCGCGGCGCGUGAAUGAGGUUGAUGCUGCUCUGCUGCUCGUGGAAGGACGAACGCAUGGGAGAGGAGGAAGCCGGUGGCAGGUUGCCGGAGUGUGCGGGCUGCAGACAGCACAUCUGUGAUGAGCAGUACCUACAGGCUCUGGACAAGGACUGGCACACGCUGUGUUUCAGGUGCUGUGAGUGCGGUGCGUCUCUCUCACACUGGUACUAUGAGAAGGACGGCCGUCUCUUCUGUAAGAAGGACUACUGGGCUAAAUUCGGAGAGCUGUGUCAUGGCUGUUCAGAGCCCAUCAGCACUGGACUCAUCAUGGUCGCCGGAGAACAGAAGUAUCACCCAGAAUGCUUCACCUGUCUGAGCUGCCGGGCGUUCAUCGGUGAUGGAGACACGUAUGCUCUGGUGGAGCGAUCCAAACUCUACUGUGGACACUGUUAUCACCAGACGAUCCUGACCCCGGUCACCCUGCCUGACUCGCCGUGCUCCAGGAUUCCUCACACGGUCACUCUAGUGUCCAUUCCAGCCUCCACUGAUGGGAAACGAGGCUUUUCUGUGUCCGUCAAUCAGGACUCCAGUCCCAACGGCUUCAGCCCCGAACACACACACACUGUCAGAGUCUCCCAGGUGGACACAGAGUGCAUCAGUCCAGACGUCAAGAACUCUAUUCAUGUUGGCGACCGGAUCCUGGAGAUCAAUGGAACCCCAAUCCAGAACGUUCCUCUGGACGAGAUUGAUCUGCUGAUCCAAGAGACCAGUCGUCUGCUGCAGCUGACCAUUGAACAUGACCCUCAUGAUCACGGCCCCUCGGAGGACCAGGUGGACAGGCCAACACCCCCAUCUGAGGGACCCAGUCCCAUCACACCCAUCACACGGCCCCCCAGCCAGGACAUUAACAACCUGCGCACGCGGAUCAUCACGCGCAGCUACAGUAUUGAUAAAUCUCCGUGCUCCAGUAACACUCCGUCUCCAGUGUCUCUGAGGAAAGACAUCGGCCGCUCCGAGUCGCUGCGCGUUGUGUCCAGCCGCACACACCGAAUAUUCAGAGCCUCGGACCUGAUCCACGGAGAGGUCCUGGGUGCAGGCUGCUUCGGACAGGCCAUAAAGGUGACUCACAGAGAGACAGGAGAGGUGAUGGUGAUGAAGGAACUCAUUCGAUUCGACGAGGAAACACAGUGGACCUUCCUCAAAGAGGUGAAGGUCAUGAGAUGUUUGGAUCAUCCGAAUGUACUGAAGUUCAUCGGUGUCCUCUACAAAGACAAGCGGCUCAACUUCAUCACUGAGUACAUCAGAGGAGGAACGCUGAGAGACAUCAUCAAGAAUAUGGACAGCGGUUAUCCGUGGAAACAGAGAGUCAGUUUUGCUAAGGACAUCUCCUCUGGGAUGGCGUAUCUGCACUCCAUGAACAUCAUCCACCGAGACCUCAACUCACACAACUGCCUGGUCAGAGAGAAUAACAGUGUUGUGGUGGCUGAUUUCGGACUGUCCCGACUCAUGGUGGAGGACAAGAAUCAGGACAAGCUGAUGUCAGGACAGAUCCCGGGCGUGAGGAAACCUGACAGGAGAAAGAGAUACACUGUGGUGGGAAACCCCUACUGGAUGGCCCCCGAGAUGAUCCACGGGAAGAGCUACGAUGAGAAGGUGGACAUCUUCUCGUUUGGCAUCAUGCUGUGUGAGAUCAUCGGCCGAGUCAACGCCGAUCCCGACUGCUUGCCCCGCGCCAUGGACUUCGGGCUGAACGUGACAGAGUUUUUGGCGGAUCACUGCCCGUCUGACUGCCCGAGCGCUUUCUUCCCCAUGGCCGUGCUCUGCUGCGAUCUGGACGCUGAGAAACGGCCUGCGUUUGUGAAGCUGGAGUCGUGGCUGGAGAACCUGAAGAUGCACCUGGAGAUGGGUCUUCACCUGGUGUCCGAGCUGGAGCUCAUUCAUCAGGACUUCUGCCAGAAACACUCGAGCAGCAAGAGCAGCCUCCACACGCUCCCAGAGUGACACAGAAGCGCUGUGAUGUUCUCCAUGUGCUCACGCUCCAGGAGACCUGUGCAUCAUCAGGGUUUUCAUCGGGUACAUCACACUUACAGUCCUCGCUUGUGUAAAUAGAGAUAUAUUGUAAAUGUGCAGACAUUAUAUUGCUGAGAUGUAUGUCCUCAUGAGAAGAUCAGGAAGAUCCUGUCCGUCUCCAACACGUGAAGCCUCACAGCUCGACUCUAAGCUUCAUGGGACUCUCCUCUUACCCACAAAUCUAAAAUACAUCUAUAUAUCUCUUUUGCAGAAAACAAUGAAGCCUUUUCUUUUAAUGAUGGUUUAUUUUCUUAAAUUGUAAAUUAAAUAUGCAGCAAGUUAGUAUUUGUUAUAAUGAAUGUAUUUGAUGGUGAUUUCUCUCAAAGAUCUUCACAGGCUUCAUGUUCUUGUGCAAAAUCAGAUUCCUGAUUUCUCUCUCUUGAUUUGGGGAUGAAUGUGGUCGAGUUGACAGGACUUCCUGUGGUUUGCAGUGAUCUCAGCCAAUCAGAGCGCUCGGUACUGUUGGACUGAUCUGGAGGAGUUUGUUCCCAGGCCUGUGUUUGAAAGAGAGCCUGAUUUUAGACACACGUCUGGGACGGAGCGUCGUGCGUGUGUGUGUGUGUGUGAGAGUGUGUGUGUGUGUGAGAGUGUGUGUGAGUGUGAGUGUGUGUGAGUGUGAGAGUGUGUGUGUGUGUGUGUGAGAGUGUGUGUGUGUGUGUGAGUGUGUGAGUGAGUGUGAGAGUGGUGUAAAUCUCUUCUCUGGAAGCGCUGCGUGUGUCACUGUCACGUCCUCCUCUACUGAUCCAGCUGUUCUCUUACAGAUCAACAGAUGUUUUUAAGAAAACACAAAGGAGGACCACCAGGAAAGCACUUGUACAGACAGAAAAAAGUCAAAACAACUCUUGUUGAAUAGAACCACUAUUUUCUCUUUUCUAAGAUGCUGAAAUGCUUUGAUUUGCACUAUGUGUGACAGCGGCUGCUGUGUUUGGUGACUGUAUGAAUGAGCUUCUGAUCCUCCUCAGAGCCGUCAUUAGAUGAUGUGUUCACUAUCAGUGUGGAUCUGACUGUCUAAACACAUAUCUAUGGAGUCAAUAUAAUGCCUUAUAUAUAUACGCAAAAAAGUUUUGCAAAAGAAAAUAAAGUUUUGCAAACAAAAAUUAAGAAUUGCAAAACAUAAACGAAAGCAGUGAUUUUGCAAUACAUAUUUUCCUGACAUGCAAAAAUUAAGCUUCUGUGCGCUGGCGUCCUGCCACAAGUUAAGAGAUUUUAAACAGACACUUGAAGUUAACCAAAUGAAACAAUACACAUUUUAGUCUCUGCUCAUCAUGACAGGACCUGGAUCAGUGAGCUGCGCCUCGGGCCGAUGAUGUCACUUCCAGGGAGGCAUGUUGUACACGCCCCCGUCCCUUGACUCCGCCCCCACUUCAAAACAGUGCCACAAAGAGAGACGUGCAGAAAAGUGAAGCGCAAAGGGAAAAUGUCAUCGCAAGCUUAAACUAGACUGACUCACAAAAUAAAAGCAGCGCUGCUGAUAAAUUAAUAGAUAUGACCAUGGAAAAUAUGUAUUGAAAAAUCAUUGCUUUCGCACUGUUUCGUUUAUGUUUUGGAAUUCAUUAUUUUUAUUUGCAAAAAGAAAAUGUAUUUUCCUCAAUACUUUAAUUUUGUUUGCAAAACUUUAUUUUUUUGCGUAUAUAUAAGGCGUUAUAUUGACUCCGUAGAUAUUGAGCUGUGUGCAUCAGUCUAGCUGACCUCUAGCCUCUUACAGACAAACACCGGCUUGCUUUAUUAGGAUAAUAAAUAGGCUUAAAGGGUUAGUUCACCCCAAAAAAGAUUAUUCUGUCAUUGAUCACCCUCAUGUCGUUCCAAACCCGUAAGAUAUCCGUACAUCUUCGUACUGAUUCCUUGCUGUUACUGGACCUUGAUCAUGUAAGGAUCCUUGCUGUCUACGGACGGUCAGAGAGCUCACGAGAUCAUCAAAAACAUCUUCAUUUGUGUUCUGAAGGGGAACGAAGGUCUUGUGUGUUUGGAAUGACAUGAGGAUGAGUAAUUAAAGACAGAAUUUUCAUUUUUGGGUGAACUCUUAAUUUUGGAGCCCUGUUGAUUAUAUUGGGAAACAACAAUCUCAGUAUUGGCAUUAACUCAAAGCCAUACUGUGAAGGUCAUUACAGAGUUGAUGCUGAGUGUGUAAGUGUUUCUGUGGUGAGUCUACGGCUGGACACACACAUACGUCCAGCUCAGGGUCCUGCUGAUGUCCAAGAAGGUCACGUCAUGUCACGCUUCAUAUCUGUUCACAAACUCAUACACAUCAGAGAGAAAUGACAGAAUGCUGCAGCUUUCCUUCUGGAAGCCAUGCUUUACCUCUCCACAUCGCUGUGCCUUUGUUUAACGCUAGCCUUGCCAUCGACGAGUUCAUGACGUCAUCGCUCACCUGUUCCAGUGAGCUUUCCUUUUGUGCUCUGGAUACUUCAUGUUCCUUGUUUCCGUGUUCAGUUUGAUGUUUUAGGUUUAUGGUUUCCGGGGAUUUAAUGUUUUACUGAAGCUGUGAAAAUGACUCUGCACUUUAAAGGCACUGUCCCUGAUGGAGGUGAUUCAGGACAGAAUAAAGUGAUGCUCCUGCUG